UCCGGUCAUUGACUUCCCGUGAAAAUGGCGGAAUCAGGGUGAAAAGUUCAUUCAGGUACAAGUGAAAUGCUAUUUAUCUUGAGUUUGUAUCAGUCAUGCGCUUUGGUCACUGAGACAUGAGAUACUGACCAAACAGUGUGUGACGGGAUAUAUGUUGUGAAACACCGCGAUCACAUGAAAACUUGAUUGGAUUACUUAAGUAUCAACGUUUUACUUUCUAAAAAAGUGUUGAUUCGGAUUAUUGGCAAAAGAUCAAUUUGACAUAUUGUAUAAGCCUAAAGCUUGUAUGUUAAAACUUAACGUUUGAUUGUGAUAUGUGUCUUAAAAGUGUUCGUGGUGUGUUUUAAAUGUGAGGAUAUAAGAAAUGAUGUUUGACCAGGAGUAUUUGAUUUAAGAUGAGUUGAAAAUCCAAGACAGAAACCAUAUUGGCAGAUUAAGUUAUGAUGUGUCGGUAGUACACACCGGCAGACAUUUGCUGAUCAUUAACAGAAUGUAAAAGUGAAGUCACAGGAUGAAGAAUUUCGUGUCCUUCCUGUGCCAGCGUGAGCUUGGACGUACAACCAAAUGCUGGAAACAGACAAAACAGGCAGAGGAAUGUCUGGAGAAACACGCCUGUACGCCAGAGGUCAACCAGCCCUGUGCACUCUCUGGACAAGUAAGAGCAACAUUCUUGAUGGAUUUCAGCCCAGAUGGGACAAAGGUGGCGUCCACUCACGGUGACCACACAGUACGAGUGACCGAGCUGUCCACUGGUAAAUGUACUCACAUCCUAUCUGGCCAUCCUCGUACACCAUGGUGCCUAGCCUUCCAUCCCUCGUCCGAUCAGAUCCUUGCCUCCGGCUGUUUGGCAGGGGAGGUCAGGAUAUGGGAUUUACAGGGAGGAGGUAGUGAGGUAUGGCGAUGCAAGGACAGCCUGGUGAUCGCCUCCAUGACCUUUCACCCUAUUGAUCACGUGCUGGUGUUUGCUGUUGGUAACAAAAUUUAUUUCUGGGACUGGAACCAAACAGAACCAUUUGCCUGCUGUCAGACGCUACACGAGUACGAGAGAAUCAGACUGGUGCGAUUUGACUCGGUCGGCCAUUACCUUUACACAGGUAUAGCCAACAACACAAUGGUACAGCAGGCCAACUCGAGGAUCUCGUUCAUCAAUGGCAGGAACAACCCUGUAGCGCGUCCCCAGAGGACACAGAGACUCAGCAGUGUGUAUAACAACCUGGUGGAGUGUUUCCGGGCUUACAGGAGGGACCGGGUCAUGAACGAGGGCUCAGCUGCUGAGGGCACUAACUGUGAGUAUACUGAUGCACAGGAGAGCAGUGCUUCAAGAGAAAGGUCAAGGUCACCUGUCCAUGAGGAGGGCCUGAACUUCGCCAGGCAGUAUGCUGCUCGCGUUACUGAGGCAACCAUGCUGCCAACUGGAUCUGAGCAUGAACGAAAUCCAUCAGAAACAGAACCAAAUCCUGACAGUGAUAGUGUUCCCUUUAUCAAUGACAGUGUGCCCCCUUUUAUGGCCCCUCGUCCAUUUGCUUGGAGUCCACCCCCCAGAGGGGCCUCUCAGGCUGAUGAGGUUGGAGACAUUAUCAUUGAGGAAGAAGAGGAGGAGGAAGAGGAUAGGGUACAGAGGCCAGUUGAUUUAGGACAGAUUAACCUGAAUCAUAGGUCAUCUGACCUACAUCAGAGGUCAUUCGAUUUGAGUCGCAGAGUUUCAGCUCUGGCUCAAAGGGCAGAUGUCUUGGGCCGAAGUGCACCUGAUCGUAGCAGAUUUAGAUCAAGGCGAGGGGAGGUACGGCCAGUGACUGUACUGGACAGUGGUCACAACGUCCGAUCCACCACUGCCACCACUGUAAACCCGGGGUUGAUCGAUAGGUGUAGGAACUGUACCGGGAGUAGUGUUGGGGAGAAUUCCAGCUCAAACCUGGUGGCAAUGGAGCGCAACAAUGAAACUGGUGCGAUGAAUGUCCGCAUGGCCACCAAUCGAGAAGCCACAACAAGCAUGUCAAGUGUGUUGUCUACCAGAUUAGCAGAUAGCAAUAGAAGUGUGGCAACCCACAGAGGACUUCCAGGGUCACGUGAACCCCCUACCCUACAAUCAACCCCAGUGCUGAGGACAGAUUCCCACAGUGGUACAAAUGGAUUGGGCCAGCAUGCCUCUGACUGUGAUAACAGGGACUGCCAGGUGUGUGGUAACUUCAACAGGUCCCAACUUACAUAUGGCCGAUGGGAGCCAUUUGCAGGGCGAAGGUUCAGCCACGCUAGAAGUGCAUUUUCACAGCCAUCUCACACUUACAGGCAGCGCUAUAGAAACCUGAACCCCUCCAGGGUACAGGUACAUAGCUAUGGACCAGCUCGGCGUCAAGGUGUAGGUGUUGCCACUUCUCAGAAUCCUAUUAGCACACAUGUAGCAAGUUCUCAGACAAGCACAGAGACCAGCAGCUCCCCAGUACAAGUUCCAGCAGCCGAGAGUCAACCAUCCAGUCAGCAAAAUAGGCUAAGUUCUCUACUCCAUUUGGCUAGCCAGGCACAACAAGGAAUCCAUAUACCACCUAGCCAAUUGAAUCCCUUGUUACAAAGACUAAGUGACAGUAGUUUACCGCAAGAUUCUAGCACUGGUGACCGGCUCACCAGUCAGAACGUUGAUGGAAAUGCUGUGUUGCAAACACAAGGUGAUAGUUACGUGGCAACAAAUCAGGACAGUAGCCAAUCAAAUUCUGUGUUACAAACUCAUAGUGAUAAUAAUAAUAACGACCAAUCAGAGACUUCAGAACAUACAAGUUCUGGUGAUAAUAACAAUGGCCAAGGGUACCGAGCAAUACAGGACAACUUUGCGACGAUAACAGCCCGUAUUGAACGCGAGAUGGAUGAGCUUGAUCGUCGAAUUACCUCCCUUAGAAACAGCUUUCAUGAGAGUAUACAACAGUUGCAGCAGGACAGGGAUACCUACCUGAUAUCUAGACAGUCCCUGUCACCUUCACAGGACUCCCAGGAGACAGUUCAACCGUUUAAACCGGAUAUGCGAAUGUUUAUCCAUUACCAUGUUCAUGUUGUAGGUGCCUUCAUGGGUAGAGGGGAGCCAGCGGUGGCCAAUAAUAUAAUCAACCACACCCACAGAAUACAGGCCUGGGACUUCACCAAGUGUGACAUACCCGACAUCACUGAUCCCACAGUAGACGUGAUUGUUCCUCACUGUAAACUCCAUAAUGAUGCCAGCUGUGAUAUUUCUCAAGACCGCACCCUACUGGGAACAUUUGUACCUAGCCAUAGAGGUUUCCCGGAUGACAACAUCCUAGCUAUCUUCUCCCUGGUGCCAGAGUCUCGAGGACAGUGCCUCUUUACAAAAAGCUUUGGGCCUAACGCCAUCUCCGUGAGCAUAUCUCCCAGGACAAAUUUUGUUAUGGUUGGACUUGCUGCCAAAAGACUAUCAUGGGUCUUUACCUCUAAUCAGCUUGUAGCACAAGUGUACAAGAUGGAAAGUGAGCUGGCGGGAGAGAAAUCGACACAGCAUGUGUCGGACAUCAUGCACCCGUGUGAUAUGGACAUUCGUACCCAUGUGAGCGUGAACUCGGCCCGCUGGUUACCAGGAGUUGGUGAUGGCAUCAUCUACGGGACGAACAGAGGAGACCUACACAUCUGUAGGCCAGGAGCUAAGAAAGAGUCGGAGAAGGAGAAACCAAAUGAUACUACCACUUCUGGGACGUCCAUCAGGCGAAACCUGAUGCACAUGUUGGGUCUGUCCUCCACUGCCGUCCCUCUCAUCAGUAUAGGAACUCAGACGGCCGAGCGGCGCAGCGCUGGGACGCAGACUGAAUAAAACAGAGACACGGAGCAGGGCCAUGUGGUGUGUCAUUGCACAGCACUGGAACACGGACUCAAGGAAUUGGGGACAGAGAGCUGGACAGCAGGUGCAGCCCAGAAGAGCACCAGGAACAUUCAAUCCAAAAUUACUGAUUUUUUUUGGGGAGUGAGAAAGAACUAUCACAGGCAGCCCUGUAUAGCAUACCUUUACAUAUGAACCGAUGAGCUAAGAAUUUUGUUGUAGUGUAAUGUAUUUAGUUAUCAUAUUGAGAUGAAUUUGGGCAUUAACUCAGCCGAGUAACUCACCCCUGUAUCUAUAGAAGCGAUGUUGCUUGGUUUUUUCAGAACAUGUUAUUGAGUCAGACUAGUAUAUUAUUGUUGGAGCUGACUUCAGUGAUGUUGUUUAGAAUAUCUGACCAUUGAUGAAAGAAAAUAGAUAGACCUGAUGUCCUGGUGAUAUUUUUUGGUGAUUUUUUUUUAUGGAUUAUAAGCUAGAUUGCCAAAAUUCUGUCGGAAUUUCUUUUUUUUCAAAAUUAUGCAGGUAGUCUGACCCCUCUAAAAGUUGAUUAAUGAUUUCCUAAUUAGCUUGGAAUAGAAACGUGUUGGUUAUUGGAAAAAAAAUAUACACUUACCCGGUAGUAGUAAUUAUAUAUAAAACCUCUGUUCUAUUCCUGUAGGUGAUAAAUACUGGUAUAUGACUAUUCAUGGUUUCAAAUCCUCUGAAUCACAUGUUUGGGACAGGGAAAUCACAUACUUGGGGGGGGGGGAGGGGAAUAUUUAUUGAAUAUUGAACUCUUAUUGGUGUCUGCAUAAUCAGAAAACUUCACCGUUGUGAUGCUUGAAGCUUCUGUUGUUUUCCAUAUCUUAUGAUAAUAUUGGUGCACGGACUUUUAAGAGGGAAUAUUUGGUGCAGAUAUAUUUUGAUUGAAAUUCUGCUGUAUUUGAUUGACGUAAUCUCAUAGUAUGUACAACUUAGUUGUAAGUACAUUGUAUUGUCAACUCUGAUCAAAUGAUGUAUAGUGUUAAUUUAUAUGAUGUAUUUAUGAUAUUCAUUCUGGUAACGUAUUAUAAGUAAUUUUAUCUUAUUUCCUGAGCAUUUUUCCCAUGUGUACUUUCUUUAGUCUGCAUGCUGUGAAAAUUCUUAAUUUAUUUUAAGUAAGAGAAUUAGUCUUGUUUUGUGUGCUUUACAGGCCUGCCAUAAUGUGGAAUACAGAAUAUAAAUUAGUCUUGCAGAAAAAAAAUGGAAUAAUACACACAUUCUUUAAUCAAAUAAAUGCCCGUUUCAAAAACAAGGAUAAAAGUGAAGUAAUUAUUGGAACUCGUAAAUAUCUCUUGUUAAUUUUAUAUGAAAAGUGAGCUUCAAUGUACUAGCUUCCUUAAUUUGACAUUGUAUGUGUUUCGCGAAAAUUUUGAGAGAUGGGAUUUUUGAGCUUACCUGGGGUUAUUAGAUGAAGGUUGACUUUUUUAUUAGCCUUGCAUAUUUAUUUCAGAAUCAGUGACAUUGUUAUGUAUUUAUCAUGGAAAAUGUGAACAGCUCUAUGAUAGUUUGCGUCCGUUGGAAAUGAUUUGUAGCGAUAAAGCAAGUAAUUUUUAGUCCAGUUAUUGGGGAAGGAUUUGUACACAAAGGAUCAUAAUUUUUGUUUACGAGAUGUCUCUAGUUUUUGUUAACGAGAUGUCUAUAGUUUUUGUUUGCAAGAUGUCUAAAAUGUUUGUUGGACACAUAUUCUUUCAAGAAUGUUCAUUAAUUUGGACUAAACCCGUAAUUAAUCAUCUAAUCAUGAUAUAGCAAGGGUUUAUAAUAAGUUCUGUAACAGUUAUUAUUGAGACCAAAGUGUUUGUGAAACAUGAAUUUGGACAACUAUCAAACAGCACCAUCAUACCUGGUAAUAUGAAAAGCAAAGAAAAGGGCCUAUUAACAUAUUGAGAUCAAUUUAUAUUGAAGUAAGAAUUUGUAUGUUUGCACACCUAGCCCAAAAAUUUACUUCAGGAAAGUUUAAUGUAUGCUUUGUUGUGGAGUGUUUGAAGUUGAGUGCAUGAGGUUAAAUUAUUUAGGACCAGUUCCUUGUUAGGCUAUGACAGAGGCACAAUCUGACUUAUUGUAAUUUGUCCUAUUCCAAUCAUUCUUGUGCUGUACUAGUAUUGCCUAUUGAAAUUCCUUAUUCCGAUUUUGCCAACGAUUUGGGUCCAAUCUACAUAAGGUAUUUGAGAAUAUGAGUAGGACAUCCUUGGUGUGAGUGUUUGUGUGCUUGCCUAAUGCUUUAUUAGUACAUUGUUAUUAUUUACCUUAGUAUUGCCAGACUUUCUGGUGCCUAUAUACGAUUUGUCAAGAGUGGCAUUUCAUGGUCAAGGAAGAUUUUCUAUUCUUUCUGCUUGGUACCUUUUGAUUGAUUUAACUUUAUCCUGUCUAGGAACCCUUCUAACAGCUAUCAGCCACUGUGCAUGCAAAUGUACUCUUGGCCAAUUUAUGUUGCACACAACUUAUAUUGUUCAUUUAUUUGUUUUCAACUUACUUCAAAAUAAAAACGUUACUUUGUUUCAAAAA